AUGCCGGUUCCGCCUCGGAUCGCGCGAGCCAGAAGGGACGCUCGCGCAAAGAAGGCAAAGGCGUUUCUCAACAAGACUGUUCCCCGAGUCCUCAAGUCCAAUGCCCGCGCGAGAAGAGGAGUAGAAGCAGCCUGUCUCGUCGUCGAUCCUCCCAAGUGCAAAACCUCCUCCUCAGAAGAAGCUAUCCAACGUGACGGUCCUUCGGAAAAGACUUCAUCAAAGGAUGCCGGACCCGAGCCGCCGACUCGGGCUGUCCGCAUCACCCUCCGGGUCACAGAUACCCUCGAAGCAGCAUCUCGGCUUAUGCCCCGCGUGGCCGUCCUCAACAUGGCCAGUCCCUUACGCCCUGGCGGUGGCAUUUUGACCGGUGCCACGUCGCAAGAGGAAUACCUCUGCGGGCGUACGACGCUGCAUCCUUCUCUGCGGGAGGAUUUCUACCGUCUCCCCGAUGUAGGAGGCGUGUAUACGCCUGAUGUACUCGUUGUCAAGAGCUGGGAUGCACAGGGCCAUGAUCUCCCGGUUUCGAAGAGGUUUUUCGUGGAUGUGGUCACAGCGGCCAUGUUGCGGAUGCCGGAUGUGGAGGGGGAUGCGUACGUGGAAGACAAGGAUAAGGAAAUAGUCCUCAAGAAGAUGAGAGCUGUGAUGAGGAUGGUCAAGGGGAGGGGAGUUGACAGGCUCGUACUGGGGGCUUGGGGAUGCGGUGCGUAUGGGAAUCCAGUGAGAGAAAUCGCGAGAGCCUGGAAGAAGGUCUUGUGUGGAAGAAAAGGGAAGGAGAAAGAUGACGGAGAGGGGUGGGAUGGUUUGGAGGUUGUGUUUGCGAUCAAGGACCGGAGAAUGGCUGACAUAUUUACGAGUGAGUUUGGAGGUGGACUGAUUGUGGAGGAGAAUGAUGCCGAAGAAGAGGCUGAGGAACAGAAAUAA